CUGGUGGUGUGAGGACCAUCAGAAUGACUCCGACUGUAACGGGCAGGUUGGGGUUCUGCGUGGAGGACUACGUCGUGUUUGGUGCCAUGCUGGCGGUCAGCCUGUUCAUCGGGGUGUUCCAGUCCCUGCGCUCGGGCGGGGCGGAGGAUUUCUUCACCGGGGGGCGGCAGAUGCGGGCGGGGCCGGUGGGCAUGUCUCUGUGUGCCAGCUUCAUGUCAGCGGUGCAGGUGCUCGGGGUGCCAGCAGAGUCGUACCUGUACGGCUUCAAGUUCCUCUACAUGUGUGUGGGCCAGAGCGCCAACUCUCUGAUAACUGCCGUCCUCUUCCUCCCGGUGUACUACAGACUGGGUAUCACCAGCUCUAACCAGUACUUGAUGAUGAGGUUUGGAAGAGGAAUGCAGCUGCUUGGGAGUCUCCAGUUCAUCAUAGUGACACUUCUUUACACUGGAAUUGUUAUUUUGGCUCCUGCACUUAUUCUAAAUCAAGCUACAGGGUUAAACAUGUGGGCGAGUCUCUUCUCCACCGGUCUCGUCUGCACCUUCUACACCACGCUGGGCGGGAUGAAGGCGGUUAUAUGGACGGACGUGUUUCAGGUGCUCGUCAUGCUCUCCGGGUUCAUCGCCAUCAUUAUUCAGGGCACCACGCUGGUCGGAGGCCCGGCGAGAGUCCUGCACGCCGCCUACAACGGAUCACGCAUCAACUUCAACGAUUUCGGGCUGGACCCUCAGAGGCGCUACUCCUUCUGGAGUUUUACAGUCGGGGGGACGAUGGUGUGGUUGUCCAUGUACGCGGCCAAUCAGGCGCAAAUUCAGCGCUACAUCUCCUGUCAGACUGAAAGACAAGCGCAGUGGGCGUUGUUGGUGAAUCAGGUGGGUUUGUGGUUGAUCGUUAGCUGCGCGGCGGCGUGUGGCGUUGUGAUGUUUGCGCUGUACUCACACUGUGACCCUCUCAAAUCCGGCAAGAUCACCGCACCGGAUCAGUACAUGCCGUAUUUUGUGCUGGAUAUUUUCCGUGACCUUCCCGGCGUUCCCGGACUUUUCCUGGCCUGCGCCUACAGCGGAACACUCAGCACCGUCUCCACCAGCAUUAACGCCAUGGCGGCGGUGACCAUGGAGGACCUGCUGAAGCCCCUCCUCAUCGACUCCUCACAGAGGAACCGGACGCUGCUCUCCAAAAUCCUGUCGUUUCUGUACGGCGGCGCGUGCGUCACCACGGCGGCUCUCUGCUCCUUUCUGAACUGGGGAGUCCUGCAGGGCUCCUUCACAGUCAUGGGCGUGGUCAACGGACCCCUGCUGGGCGCGUUUAUUCUGGGAAUGUUUGUUCCAGCCACUAACAAACUGGGUGUGUUCGCCGGCGUGGGCGUGGGCUUCUCUCUGGCGUUGUGGCUCGCCAUCGGAAGCUCCGUUUACCCUCCGACCCCGGCGAGGAUGGGCGUGUUACCCACCAGCGCCGAACGCUGCGCUGCGGCUAACGCGACGGCUAACUACACCACGCCGCUAACAACGCCACUAAAGCAGAAUCGCUCUAGUGGUCUCCAGGAUUUCUACUCCAUCUCCUACCUUUACUUCGGGGCUCUGUCCACCGGGGUGACGGUGCUAGCUGGGUUAGCGGUUAGCUGUCUAUCAGGACCGACUAAGAGAGACUCGAUCCGACCUGGUCUGCUGUGGUGGGACCUGAAACUGAAGGCUCGAGACGUAUCCGAGGAGAACACGGUGGGAUCGAUCAGGCUUCGUUCCACCAUCGUCCGUCUGAACCCCGAGGAGGAUGAGGACGAGGAGGAGAAGCUCCAGAUGAAGAGCGGAUCGGUUCUCUGAGGAGCUUCAGCGUCAGACGUGACGGAACCUUAUUAAUGUGACACAAAAAUAAAUAAAUAAAACAAAAUGUUCAAGUGAGAA